CGACGGGUUCCCCUCUCUGAGCAUCAGGUAGCUCCAUAUAGGGAUCUGAGAGGCACUUCACAGCCCCUCUGGCACUGUAUCUACUAGGGCGCACAGAGGGGCAGUGCCAUGCACACUCCUGACUAUGCGCUGCUCCUGAGCGGGGGCAACCAGUCUCUGGCUUUCAGUUCAACUUAUGACCUAACGAUGGGGACCAUUGGGAACAACACCGUCCACCCGAACGGAUCCGAUCCGUUCGCGAGAAACGAGGAGGUGGCACAAAUUGAGAUAAUGGUCCUGAGCAUCACCUUCGUGGUUGCUGUGAUUGGGAAUGUGAGCGUCCUGCUGGCCAUGUACAACACUAAGAAGAAGAUGUCGAGGAUGCACCUUUUCAUCAAACACCUCAGCCUGGCAGACCUGGUGGUCGCCUUCUUCCAGGUGCUGCCGCAGCUCUGCUGGGAGAUCACCUUCCGUUUCUAUGGUCCAGACUUCCUCUGCAGGAUAGUCAAGCACCUCCAGGUGAUGGGGAUGUUUGCGUCCACCUAUAUGAUGGUGAUGAUGACCCUGGACCGUUACAUCGCCAUCUGCCACCCUCUGAAAACCCUCCAGCAGCCCACCCAGCGCUCCUACAUCAUGAUUAUCUCCACGUGGAUGUGCAGCCUGGUGCUCAGCACUCCGCAGUACUUCAUCUUCUCACUGAGCGAGAUCAAGAACGGCUCGGAUGUCUACGACUGCUGGGCGUACUUUAUCGAGCCGUGGGGCGCCAAGGCGUACAUCACCUGGAUAACCGUGGGCAUCUUCCUGGUACCAGUGGUCAUUCUCAUGAUGUGCUACGGGUUCAUCUGCCACAGCAUAUGGAAAAAUAUCAAAUACAAGAAGAGGAAAACGAUGGCUGGUGCUGCGAGUAAGAACGGGAUGAUUGGAAAGAAUUCAGUCAGCAGCGUCACAACUAUAUCAAGAGCCAAACUGAGGACUGUUAAAAUGACUUUUGUGAUAGUUUUGGCGUAUAUUGUUUGUUGGGCGCCGUUUUUCAUAGUACAGAUGUGGUCUGUGUGGGAUGAAAACUUCCAGUGGGCAGAUUCUGAGAACACAGCAGUGACUCUGUCUGCGCUCCUUGCCAGUCUCAACAGCUGCUGUAACCCGUGGAUAUACAUGAUCUUCAGUGGUCACCUUCUCCAGGAUUUUGUGCACUGCUUCUCCUGGUGCCACAAAAUGAACACUGACUUCAAGAAAGAGGACUCAGACAGCAGUCUCCGCCGAACAACACUGCUGACUAAGAUGACAAAUCGGAGCCCUACUGGCAGUUCUGGCAACUGGAGAGAACUGGACAACUCUCCCAAGUCCUCCAUUCAGGCGGAGUAAACACGCAGCUAGGCAACACUGUUUACUGGGGUGGGAAAUGAAACAUGCCCAGCAGCGAAGGUACACAUAUAUCAACUGAUCUUAACUUUGAACAUGACUGACAGUGACUGAAUUGUCCACCAGACUCCAAAACUAUAAAGCAGAUCAAGUUUUUUGCAUGGGAAAGAAACAGAGAUUGGGGUAUAGACUGAGAAUUUGCAACAAGGACAGAAAAUAUGAACAUGUUCACUGUGUUUUCUUGCUGUACUCUGUGUGCAAACAUGUUCUUUUUCACAUCUCCUCUGCAAAAAUUUAAAAAAAAAACAUUGGGAAAGGAAGUGAAAUUUCUAAAAAGCCACAUACACUCAUAAAAUAUCAUGUUUUCAUAUCUCCGCAAUUGUAAAAGCACUAGAUGCUGACACUUACCUUUUGACAUAAUUUUGUUAAAUUCAGUUGUAAUACUUGGAGAGCCUGAAGUUUUCUUGGAGUCCUAACAUGAUUUCUUUUAGAGAGCACUUUUCCAGGAAUACUGACGCUUUUACUGGUGGUUAUGUUUCCCUGCAGUGAACGGCAAACACCCUUUCCUCUUGGACUGUUUACAAAGAUAAACCUUACAUGGCAGCCUGGAGGUGUGUGGUGGUGAAAAUGACUCUUCCAGACCGCACGUCUCUAAGUAACUGAGACAGUCACCUCAUCCUUUGUGUAUAGCUGUCUACUUUAUUAUUUUUUCUUGGAAUCAGAUUUUAGUGGGUUAUGUAAAAAAGAUUCAAACCAUCCUUUCCUUUAAUCUGUCACAAAAAAAGAGGGAUGAAGGGUUUAGGCUGCAUUUAUACAUUGGGCCCUUGCAUGCAUCCGCAUUUUUUAUCAUUUUUUUUCAUGUUGCAGCAGGCGGCCCUUUGUAAGGAUCCUGGUUUUCAUUUCUCUUCAGCAGAGGCAUACAGGAACCCUUUGAAAAUAGCAGAACUUUCACCGACACACACAGAUGGGUGUGUAGGGGCUGGCGGGGGUUUUGAUGAAGUACGAUUGGCCACAGUUGGAGGAGUCUUCCUACCGAAUCACAGACCUCUCCCAUUGGCUUCCACGAAAAUGUUGGGGAAACGCUCACAAAUUCCACACACACUACAUCAACACGCUUCCUGGUGGGGUUUUUUUUUUGUUUUUUUUUUGCCUGACAU